AUGGCACGAUGCGAUAACCCACUCGAUGUUGGAGCUGGGGUCUGCGCACUCGUGGCAUGCACAGCGUCAGCGUAUCUGAUCUACCAACACAUCACUCACUACACGCAACCAAAGUUACAAAGACUUACCAUUCGCAUUGUGUUCAUGGUUCCGGUCUACUCCAUUUGCUGCCUUCUUAGUGUGCCGUUCUACAAGCCAAGCGUUUACCUUGCUGUCAUUUACGAGUUCUACGAAUCACUGGUGAUCGCAUCUUUCUUCUUGCUCUUGUGUCGGUAUAUGGAUCAGGACUUGGACGUGGUACGACGCGCCUUUGCCCUACUCGAGCCACGUGAAUGGCUUCCACCAGUCGGGCCUUUCAGAAGAUUCGUAUUGCGCAGGAAAUCGAUGACGAGCGGCUCAACAUGGUUCAAUAGAAUUUCGACCUGCGUGCUACAAUUCUGCGUCGUCAAAUUCCUGGGAGCUAUUGCAAAGAUCAUCACAGAGGCUUUCGAUGUUUACUGCAAGCAUUCUAUGAGCUUCAAACACGCCAGAAGCUCGAUCUUCGUCGUCGAGAUCAUCUCUCUUGUGACCGCCAUGUGGACCUUGCUGAACUUUUACAAGCAGACUGAAUUGGAGUUGUCCGCUCAUGGUCCGCUCUUAAAAUUCAUGGCCAUCAAACUGGUGGUGUUUCUCUUUUACGUGCAAAGUUUUCUGUUCAGCCAUUUGACGAAGUACGAUAGAGCGAUGAGCCCUACAGACAGUAUAUCAUAUCCUUCUGUGGCCGUUGGGAUUCCGAAUACAGUUCUCUGCUUUGAGAUGGCCCUUGUCUCUAUUAUGCACCUCUACGCCUAUCCCUACAAAGUGUUCAAGGCCCAUAACAACGAAUCCAAGAAGCACCUCGUUGGCGAGGAAUCUCAACUCAGUCAACCCGCCUAUGUCACCGACGAUCAGGAAGCCAUCUUGUACAUGUCCGAUGAGCCACAACAGAUCACACUCAACUGGAAGCAAGCCGCACUGGACGUCUUAAAUUUCAAAGACAUCUGGAUAGCAGUGAAGCAGGCCAUGUGUGGUCGUUUUGCUCAUGGAGAGAGCAAGCGAAGUCAUGGUCAGACGACACAUGGGGAGGAGAACAAUGCUCGAGGCGUGACAACGAACCUGUCCGAAGCACUUGUGCUCUCCCGGCAGAGGUGGCCGUGA